AUGGCGCUGGGACUUGCUUCUCUCCCCCCCAGCUGGGCCACCAGCCCCCAGCUGGCCCGGUCUGGCCUCAAGCUGGCCCACACUCACCUUUUCAGAGGCUCUUUUCGGCCCUCUCCCCACCGCUCUGCAGUGCCGCCAGCGCAGGAGCCCUGCACAGAGAGGGGUGAGCGCAGGAGAUGCCGCAGGGAAGGCGCCUCGACCUGCCUCUUCAUCAGCCCUGCUUUGCUCGCGGCCCUCACGGACCCGCUGCAGAGCCUUUCUGCGACGAGCCCUGAGCCAAGCGACCGCGGGGCUGGAAGCAACCCAGCUGCUUGCUACCCCAGACAAGGCUGGCGUUGGUGGCUGCUGCACGUCCCUGUCCCCGACCGAUGCCGCUGCAGCACUGCCAGCUCACUGCAGGCGCAGCGGGAGGAGGCGGUGCGAGCACAGGGAGAGCGCUCUGCAGCGGGGGCUCCCGAGCUGGGCGACCUGCCCCACGAUGCACGUCGCCACCUCCCGCAGGGCCUGGCUCCUGCAGGCUCCACCAGCGACCGCCGGGCCCCUGGCUAUCCCCGACAAGCCUUGCGGUCAGUUGCCGACAGAAACAUCCACAAGGUUUUCGGUUGGUGGCUGCUGCACGUCCCUGUCCCCGACCGAUGCCGCUGCAGCACUGCCAGCUCACUGCAGGCGCAGCGGGAGGAGGCGGUGCGAGCACAGGGAGAGCGCUCUGCAGCGGGGGCUCCCGAGCUGGGCGACCUGCCCCACGAUGCACGUCGCCACCUCCCGCAGGGCCUGGCUCCUGCAGGCUCCACCAGCGACCGCCGGGCCCCUGGCUAUCCCCGACAAGCCUUGCGGUCAGUUGCCGACAGAAACAUCCACAAGGUUUUCGGGGAGCGCCCCUGGAUGGCCGGUAGCUGCCUGCAGAGACGCAACAGGCAACGAGAGCGAUGGGGGGCCUACGCCCGGAGAUACCGCUACGCCCUCCAGGUCAGCGCACCGAAGUCUGCUCAGCGGUCCAAAACAGGGAGUGCUCGCGGGCUCUACGAGCAGGCGGUAAGGUCCGGCCACCCCAACCUCGGGAGGCCAGGGCCUUUAUUUCAGUUUUGGAACAAAUCUACUGCGUAUUUACCUAUCUACCUGGCUGCCCUCCUGGGCGACGGCCUCAUCACCACCGCCGUGGCCUGUGACCACCGCCUCCACACCCCCAUGUGCUUCUUCCUCCUCAGCCUCUCCCUCCUCGACCUGGGCUCCAUCUCCACCACUGUCCCCAAAGCCAUGGCCAAUUCCCUCUGGGACACCAGGGCCAUCUCCUACGCAGGAUGUGCUGCCCAGCUCUUUCUCUUUGUCUUUUUGAUGGCAGCAGAGUUUUGUCUCCUCACCAUCAUGGCCUACGACCGCUACGUGGCCAUCUGCAAACCCCUGCGCUAUGGGACCCUCCUGGGCAGCAGAGCUUGUGUCCACAUGGCAGCAGCUGCCUGGGGCACUGGGUUCCUCUAUGCUCUCCUGCACACGGCCAAUACGUUUUCACUCCCCCUCUGCAACGGCAACGCUGUGGACCAGUUCUUCUGUGACAUCCCCCACAUCCUCAAGCUCUCCUGCGCACACUCCUGCCUCAGGGACGUUGGGGUCCUUGUGGUCAGCAUCUUAGUAACGUUCACCUGCUUUGUUUUCAUUGUGCUGUCCUACGUGCAGAUCUUCAGGGCCGUGCUGAGGAUCCCCUCUGAGCAGGGACGCCACAAAGCCUUGUCCACGUGCCUCCCUCCCCUGGCCGUGGCCUCCCUCUUUCUCAGCACCACCAUGUUUGCCCACCUGAAGCCCCCCUCCAUCUCCUCCCCACCCCAGGACCUGGUGGUGGCAGUGCUGUACGCGGUGGUGCCUCCAGCAGUGAACCCCCUCAUCUACAGCCUGAGGAGCAUGGAGGAACCCAGGUUGAGGAGGAAGAAGCACAUGGGGGUGUGGAGGCGGUGGUCGCAGGCCACGGCGGCGGUGGUGAUGAGGCCGUUGCCCAGCAGUGCAGCCAGGUAG